UGCACAUAAUGGAUGAUGAGUUGGUCUCCACUCACUCCACCAAUAAAGUUGCCGACAACGUCAAUAUAUUACUAUUAUCCUUUGGUUUUUCUCUUUUGUUUCUUACCAUAGAACGUGCGAGGAAGAGUGCUGACAAUGGAUUCCGUCCGUUGAUCGAACUCGACAAAAUUACAACCCACCUUCUCCGAACAAUACCCAACAACCAUUGAAGACUUGUUGUUGUUGACUUGUGCGAGCACUCUUUAUAGCUUCUUCCCAGACGGAACCGGUUACUUCUUUCGACUCUCUGGUUAGUCUUUUGCAUCUUUUCCUGAUUCAUUCCUUUCUCCAGAGGAAACAAUGGCAGUGGGAGAGCUCUUUCUUGGUGCGUUCCUUCAAGUGUUAUUUGCCGAAUUGGCUUCACCCGUGGUGCGGGCCUUUGCACGCCGAGAGGGACUUGAAAAAAAGCUGGACAAGUGGCGCAAGACGCUGUUAACGAUUCAAAAGGUGCUUGAUGAUGCAGAGGAGAAGGAAUUACAUUCUGAGAAUACGGCAGUAAAAGAGUGGCUGGAGGAUCUCAAAGACUUGGCCUACGAUGUGGAGGACAUACUCGAUGAGUUUGUCACACAAGCUCCGCGACGCAAAUUAAAGGGUAAAAAUCAGGCAACGACUAGUAAGGUACGGAAUCUCAUCCCUGCUUAUUUUAGUGGUUUAGGAAGUAGGCUGGAGUCAAAUAUCAAGGAAAUCAGUACUCGAUUUGAAGAUCUAGCGGCACGAAAAGAGAAACUCAAUUUGAGACAAAAUGUUGACAGGAGGCCACAUGGAAUAAGAGGGCCACUGGCCCCAACUUCUAUAGUGAAUGAAGACGUUUACGGCAGGGAAGGAGAUAAAAAGGCUUUACUUGAUUCAUUGCGGAGUCAAGGAUCAAAUGAUCAAGUCUCUGUGAUUCCUAUAAUUGGUAUGGGGGGUAUUGGAAAGACAACCCUUGCCCAGUUUGUAUACAAUGAUGAAGAAGUCAAAAGUUCGUUUGAGCCUAGAGCUUGGACUUGCGUUUCUGAAGAUUUCGAUGCUAUUAGGGUCACGAAAGCAAUUUUAAAAUCUCUUAGCCAUGGAAGCAAUGAUGAUAAUGAUUUGAAUUUGUUGCAAAUCAAAUUAAGUGAGGCCCUAAAAGGGAAGAAAUUUCUAGUCAUUCUGGAUGAUCUUUGGAAUGAGAAUUAUAAUGAUUGGAGAAUCUUACUUGCUCCUUUCAAAGCAGGCGCUCCAGGAAGUGUAGUUAUCAUCACAACUCGCAAUCGAGGAGUUUCAAAUAUCACAGGUACCACUCAAGCUUACCAGCUGGAUUUGUUGUCAAAUGACGCUGCUGUGUCCAUAUUUACCCAACAUGCCUUUGGGGUAGAAGACUUUUCUUCACAUGCACACCUCAAAGACAUUGGUUUGGAAAUCGUUCGAAAAUGUAAAGGCUUGCCUUUAGCGGUGAAAACCCUUGGAGGCCUCUUACGUUCAGAAAAGAACCGUGAUAAGUGGGAGGAAGUAUUGAAAAGCGAGAUAUGGGAUAUUCCAGAGAAGAAAAGUGGAAUCGUUCCAGCUCUUAUGUUGAGCUACUAUCAUCUCCCAUCGCAUUUGAAGAGAUGUUUUGCAUACUGUUCUAUACUCCCAAAAGAUUAUGAGUUUGAAAAGAAGCAUGUGGUUCUAUUAUGGAUGGCAGAAGGCUUGAUUCAACAAGGAAAAGAGGAAAAAGAAAUGGAAAUUUUGGGUGAAGAGUAUUUUCUUGAUUUGUUGGCAAGGUCAUUUUUCCAACAAUCCAACAACAAUAAAUCUCGAUUUGUGAUGCAUGACCUCAUCAAUGACUUGGCUAAAUCUGUUGCAGGAAAUACAUGCUUUAGAAUGGAAGAUAGAGUUGAGGGUAGUAAACAAGGGAGUAUUUUUAAAAAGGCUCGCCAUAUGUCUUACCUAGGUUCCUAUUGUGAUGGCUUUAAAAAGUUUGAGGCCUUUUCUGAACUCACAUGUUUACGUACCUUCUUACCUUUAAUGUUGCCAUUUCCUGGGGAUUGUCAUUUGACCAGUUAUGUUUCUCGUGAGUUGUUGCCAAAAUUACGAUGUUUGAGGGUGCUCUCAUUGAAAGGUUACUUCAUAACCAAGAUAUCGAAUUCAAUUGGUGAUAUCAUGCAUCUACGGUAUCUUGACCUGUCUCGCACUUGCAUCACCAGCUUGCCUGAAUCAACAACCACUCUUUACAAUUUACAAACAUUGUUGUUAGAACAAUGCCUACAGCUAAAGAAACUACCUUCAACAUUUGGGAACCUGGUCAACUUACGUCACCUCAAUAUUUUAGGAACUAUAUCACUAAAAGCAAUGCCUCCGCAUAUAGGCAAAUUAACUUGUCUUCGAACGUUGUCUGAUUUCAUUGUGGGAAAAGAUUGUUGCUCAGGGUUGAAGGAGCUAGGAUCUUUGUCGCAUCUUCGAGGUACACUCUGCAUUUCAAAAUUGGAGAACGUGAUUGAGCCAGAGGAUGCAAGGGGCAUGAAUUUAAGUGGUAAGCCGAACCUUGAUGGGUUGUCAUUGGGAUGGAGUGAAGACAUUGAUGACUCAAAGGACAGAACAAGUGAAAAGGAGUUUCUUAACUUGCUACAGCCUCACAAAGUUUUGAAAGAACUGACUAUCAGAUGCUAUGGGGGUACAGAUUUUCCGACAUGGUUAAACUGCCCUUCCCUUCCUAAUCUGGUGUUCUUAACUAUUGAAAAUUGUAAAAAGUGCACAUCAUUGCCCCCAUUGGGGAAACUUCCAUCACUCAGAGUCCUUUCGAUCGCAGGUAUGGCUAGCAUGAAGAGUAUGGGUCCUGAAGUUUGUGGGGAUGGCUCAUCACAACCUUUUAGAUCCUUGGAGACUCUAAAUUUCAAGAAUAUGGUGGAGUGGGAGAACUGGAGUCCUUGUGAAGCAUUCUCAAACUUACGUGAGCUCUCUAUUAAAAAUUGUCCCAAGCUGUCGGGAAAUAUACCAAACCACCUUCCUUCACUUGAAAAUGUUGAGAUAGAUGGAUGUUGUCGGAACUUAGUGGUCUCAGUUGCAAGCUUUCCAGAUCGAUGCAAAAUAAAAUUUGGGGGAUCAGAAGGGGUGGUGUGCGGAAGAUCAGAAGUUGAUUUUAGCUCGCUGAAUUUGAUGCAUCUUUCAACAAUUUCAGAAUUUGAGUCUCAAAUGAAAGUGUUAAUUACAAUGGGUGGGCUGGCAAAUGUACAAAAGUUAAUGGUUUAUGGAUUGAAGGAACUGACGCAUUUGUGGUCAAAUGCGGUGGGAUCAUUUCCACAUCUCCCAAGUCUUCGUUAUCUGCAGGUUUCUGAUUGUCCAAAACUAGUUUCGUUGGUAGCUAAAGGCCAGCUGCCUCCAACUCUAAAGGAACUACGUAUACGGGAUUGCAAAAAUAUUCAGAUUUUGGUAGAGGAGGAUGACACGGCCAACAGCUGCGGCAACAGCGGUGACAACACCAGAUCUCAUGAUCUUCAGGAUUUGAGCAUUUCCGACUGUCCAUCCCUCAAAUCCCUAAUAUCAAGCGGUGAAUUACCAACAACACUUCAAACAUUAGAGAUUGAUUCAUGUCCAGAGCUAGAGUCAAUAGCGAAGGAAUUACAUCAUAAUUCAUUGCUUAAAUCUCUUAGCAUUUUUGAGUGUCGAAACCUUAAAUCCUUACCCACCGGUAUACACAGUCUCAGCCAUCUAAGCGAUAUUCAAAUUUGGAAUUGUCCAAGUCUCGAUUUCUUACCGGACGGUGAGUUGCUCCCUGCCAACCUGACAAGGCUUCGUGUUGACAGCUGCGAGAAAAUGCAAGCGGUGGUCAAUCGCAGCAUACACACUUGCACCUCUCUUCAAGUUUUGAGGAUGACGAAAUGUCCAAGAGCACUUGUAUGCUUUCCAGAAGAAGGUUUUCCCACCAACCUAACAUCUCUUUCGAUCUAUGAUAGCAGUAUCGCUCAGGGCUUGUUUGAGUGGGGGUUGCACAGGAUUGCCUCUCUCAGAGUUCUUCGAAUUUGCGAUGGAACUUCGCACCUGGUGUCCUUUCAAGAGAUGAAUCUGCCUACUUCUCUAACCGAUUUGCACAUCUUUGACUUUCCAAAUCUGGAAUACUUGUCUCCCGAGGGCUUUCGAAACCUCACAUCACUUGAAUAUCUGUGUAUCAGCAAUUGCGAAAAACUCGCGUCCUUACCAAAGAAGGGCCUACCUCCCUCACUCCGAAAACUUGAUAUUAGGGAUUGUAAAAAGUUAACGUCAUUUCCAACAAAUUGCCUGCCUCCCUCACUCCUGGUGCUUCGGAUCGAGGGAUGUCCUGAUUUGGGAGAAUGGUGCAAGAAAGAACGAGGACGGGAGGGGUCUACGAUAGCCCGCAUUCCCAAAGUAUUCCUAGCUUCCACCACCUGAACAAGGUACACACAUAAUUAGAGAUUAAGGCAUCGUUUGACCAGUUAUGUUUCUCUUGAGUUGUUGCCAACAUUACGAUGCUUGAGGGUGCUCUCAUUCAACGGUUACAGCAUAACCAAGAUAUCGAAUUCAAUUGGUGAUCUCAUGCAUCUACGGUAUCUUGACCUGUCUCGCACUCGGAUCACCAGCUUGCCUGAAUCAACAACCGCUCUUUACAAUUUACAAACAUUGUUGUUAGAAGAGUGCUCAUGUCUAGAGAAACUACCUUCAACAUUUGGGAACCUGGUCAACUUACGUCACCUCAAUAUUUUACAAGCAAGAUCACUAAAAGAAAUGCCUCUGCAUAUAGGCAAAUUAACUUGUCUACGAAUGUUGUCUGAUUUCAUUGUGGGAGAAGAUUGUUGCUCGGGGUUGAAGGAGCUAGGGUCUUUGUCCUAUCUUCGAGGGACACUCUCCAUUUCAAAAUUGGAGAACGUGAUUGUGCCAGAGGAUGCAAGGGGCUUGAAUUUAAGUGAUAAGCGGAACCUUGAUGGGUUGUCAUUGGGAUGGAGUGAACACAUUGAUGACUCAAAGGACAGAACAAGUGAAAAGGAGUUUCUUAACUUGCUGCAGCCUCACAAAGUUUUGAAAGAACUGACUAUCAGAUGCUAUGGGGGUACAGAAUUUCCGACAUGGUUAAACCGCCCUUCCCUUCCUAAUCUAGUGCUCUUGACUAUUGAAAAUUGUAAAAAGUGCACAUCAUUACCCCCAUUGGGGAAACUUCCAUCACUCAGAUUCCUUUCGAUCGCAGGUAUGGCUAGCGUGAAGAGUAUGGGUCCUGAAGUUUGUGGGGAUGGUUCGUCACAACCUUUUAAAUCCUUGGAGACUCUGAAUUUCAAGAAUAUGGUGGAGUGGGAGAACUGGAGUCCUUGUGAAGCAUUCUCAAACUUACGUGAGCUCUCUAUUAAAAAUUGUCCCAAGCUAUCGGGAAAUUUACCAAACCACUUUCCUUCACUUGAAAAUGUUGAGAUAGAUGGAUGUUGUCCGAAGUUAGUGGUCUCAGUUUCAAGCUUUCCAGAUCGAUGCAAAAUAAAAUUUGAGGGAUCAGAAGGGGUGGUGUGCGGAAGAGAAGUUGAUUUUAGCUCGCUGAAUUUGAAGCAUCUUUCAACAAUUUCAGAAUUUGAGUCUCAAAUGAAAGUAUUAAUUACAAUGGGUGGGCUCGCAAAUGUACAAAAUUUAGAGGUUUAUGGAUUCAAGGAACUGACACAUUUAUGGUCAAAUGUACAAAAAUUAGUGGUUCAAGGAUGCAUGGAACUGACGCAUUUGUGGUCAAAUGCGGUGGGAUCAUUUCCGCAUCUCCCAAGUCUUCGUUAUCUGGUGGUUUCUGGUUGUCCAAAACUAGUUUCGUUGGUAGCUAAAGGCCAGCUGCCUCCAACUCCAAAGGAACUACAUAUUCGGGAUUGCAAAAAUAUUCAGAUUUUGGUAGAGGAGGAGGAUGACACGGCCAACAGCUGCGGCAGCAACGGUGACAACACCAGAUCUCAUGAUCUUCAGGAUUUGUACAUAUAUAUCAUGUACAUUUGAAAAUUCGGUUGCGGAUGGUUGGAUUAGAAAACAGGGAUUAAUACAUAUUUAUUUUUCUCAGUGAUCCAAAAACUGGAAUUCCGGAGGACUAAAUUAAAAAGAGAUAAAUAAAUUAUGAAUUGAGUUUUAUAACAUUUAUAUAAAUUAUGAAUUGAGUUUUAUAACA